AUGCGAGACGCCGUCCUGCUCCGGUGCGACGCCUCCAUGGCCGCCGGUUCCACCUCUUACGGCAGCAGCAGCGGCAGGAGGAGCUUUCCGGCUCAGGCGGCGACCGCCAAGCAACGACGCGCGCCGGCGCCGGCGGGGAACGGCGGGAAGAGCGACGGAGGAGGGUACUUCGGGCCGGAGGCGGCGGUUGUGCUGGCGCUGAUGACGGCGGCGCUGCUGGUGCUUCCACUGUUGCUGCCCCCGCUGCCGCCGCCGCCGCCGCUGUUCCUGUUCGUGCCCGUCGCCAUCCUGGCCGUGCUGCUCCUGCUCGUGCUCCUGCCCUCCGAUGCCAGGGGCCUCCGCGUUGCGCCAUCCUACCUGUAG